CGUGAAAAUGUUGAAUUUGUACAGGUUCUUCACUUCAUUGCCUCUUCUUUUCGUCACGUUAGAUCUCUAUAACGAAGGUGUUCAAGGAAAGACAUCAAAAGAAGAUGCUGAGCAACAUCUUGAAUUAGGUAAACAACUUUUAGCUGCAGGACAGUUAGCUGAUGCAUUAUCACAUUACAAUGCUGCUAUAGAUGGAGACCCAGAAAACUAUCAAAGUUAUUUUCGUCGCGCUACAGUGUAUUUAGCAAUGGGGAAGUCAAAGACUGCUCUGCCUGAUUUAGAUAAGUGUAUACAAUUAAAACCAGACUUCACAGCAGCAAGAACAAGUCGUGCUAAUGUUUUAAUGAAACAAGGCAAACUAGACAGUGCAAAGAAAGAUUAUGAAGCAAUUCAUUGUCCAUGGUAUAUUGAUCUCAGAAACAAAAGAGCUGAUUGUUAUUUAAAAACUGGUCAAACAAGGAAAGCUAUAGAUGAUAUUAGACCAGCAGCCAAAAUGAUACCUGACAAUACUGAUGCUUAUUACAAAUUAAGUACAUUACAUUAUUCAUUAGGAGACUUGGAAGAAUCACUAAUAAAUAUCAGAGAAUGUUUAAAACUGGAUCCUGAUCAUAAACAGUGUUUUCCACAUUACAAGAAAGCUAAAAAACUUAAUAAACAAUUUGAAUCCGCUCAACAAUUAAUGGAUGAAGGCAGGUAUGAAGAUGCUAAACAAAAAUUGGAAGCUACAAUGAAAACAGAAGAUCAAGUUCCUGAAUUUAGAAGGAGAGCCAGACAACAAAUAUGCACUGCUCUUUCUAAAAAUCACGAUGCUAAAGAUGUCUGUGGGUUGCUGUUAUUGGCAGUGUCUGUGGGUUGCUGUUAUUGGCAGUGUCUGUGGGUUCCUGUUAUUGGCAGUGUCUGUGGGUUCCUGUUAUUGGCAGUGUCUGUGGGUUCCUGUUAUUGGCAGUGUCUGUGGGUUCCUGUUAUUGGCAGUGUCUGUGGGUUCCUGUUAUUGGCAGUGUCUGUGGGUUCAUGUGAUUGUCAGUGUCUGUGGGUUCCUGUUAUUGGCAGUGUCUGUGGGUUGCUGUUAUUGACAGUGUCUGUGGGUUCCUGUUAUUGGCAGUGUCUGUGGGUUGCUGUUAUUGACAGUGUCUGUGGGUUCCUGUUAUUGGCAGUGUCUGUGGGUUCCUGUUAUUGGCAGUGUCUGUGGGUUGCUGUUAUUGACAGUGUCUGUGGGUUCCUGUUAUUGGCAGUAUCUUUUCAAAAUAUUAUACUUGCAGCUGUUGAGGAUUAUCAGAAAGCAAAAGGAAUUGAAGAGAAUCAGAGGACAAAAGAAGGCUUAGAUAGAGCACAGAAACUUUUGAAACAAUCAAAAAAGAGAGAUUACUACAAAAUUUUAGGUGUUCCAAGGAAUGCCAGGAAAAGAGACAUUGUCAAAGCUUAUCGCAAGCUUGCAGCACAAUAUCAUCCUGAUCAAUAUAAUGGUGAUGAUAAAGCGAAAGCCGAGGAGACAUUUAUUAAUAUUGCUGCAGCUAAAGAAGUUCUCACAGAUCCUGAAAUGAGAAAGAAGUAUGAUGCUGGUGAAGACCCGCUCGACCCUGAAUCACAGCAACAUAGGGGAGGACAGCCUUUCAAUCCAUUUGGACAUGGUGGACCGUUUAAUUUCAAAUUCCAUUUUAAUUAGUUUUUCAAAUUACAUCAAAGCUGGCAUCUAGCAUCUGUACCCAUAACAAUAUUUGACUUCACAAAUACCAGGGAUUUUUAAACAAGGGAACAGGGGCGCAGCACCCUCAUGCCAUGGCCAUGUGCCCCCUUACCAUAAAAUUCUAAUUGACCAGGAUCACAUGU